AGCCAUGGGCGCAUCCUCCUCCACCGACAACCCCGCCGCCGCGGAGGCGCGCGAGCAGGAGUCCCUCGCCGCCGCCUCGCUCCCGCUCCCGCUCCUCCGCGCCGUCUUCUCCUCCCACUCCUCCGACCUCCCCUCCACCCUCUCCUUCCCGCCCGCCACCUUCCACUCCCCGCCGGACCACUUCCACGACCUCCUCGCCGCCCUCGGCCCCACCAUCGCCUCCCUCUUCUUCUCCCCCACCGCCUCCACCUCCUCCUCCGAGGACUGGCUCGGCUUCCUCAAAGGCUUCAACGCCUGCUGCGCGCGCGCCCGGGCCUCGCUCCCGCUCGCGCACCUCCUCCGCGUCUACGCCGCCGCCUGCGCCGCCGCCGGGGCGCCCUGCGGCGUGCGCUUCCAGCCCGACGACGACGACGGGAAGGUCGUGGGCGAGCUCGCGCCCGCGGAGAUCGCCGCGCUGCUCUCCAUGUGCUGGGCCAUGGCCUGGAGCGGCUCGGCCACGACCCCGAGGGGCGCGGACGAAGGGGCGGAGAAGGAGCCCGUGCUGCUCCCGGAUGUGUCGAGCCUCGUGCUGUCCGCGCUCGUGUCCGCCGGCGCCGUCGCGGACGACGCGGCCGUCUGGGGCUGGGACGUCUCCGCUGCUGCUGCGGAUGGGAAGGGGGUGUCGGCGCAGGAGUUCACGUCCUGGGUCAUCUCCACGGUGCCCGGGCUCGGCAGCUGCCUCUCGCGGUACGUGCAGGACAGGUUCCGCUCCUGCCAGGCUGAUCCUGUGAAGGGCAUAUCUGUUUCAGCUGGCAACACAACUUCUGAUGCUUCAGAUGUGUAUCUAUUAACACGUGGGAGGGCAUGGGCAAUCUCUCUCAGUGUCAGGAACGCAUUGAGCGAGAAGUUCUUGUCAGCAUCUGUGAUUGGAAUGGACACAGAAGACCUUCUUUACAGGUCAUCGGCUCACGGAAGAGGUCUGAGCCGGUUUUGGUCUUGUGUUGAGGGGUACAAAGGACCAGCGCUAAUUCUACUCUCAGCAUUCUCAAAUGCUGGUGGUGAGAAUGUUGAUGCUGAUCAAAGAUGGGGAAUUGGUGUAUUAACUGAGCAGGGAUUCGAGAACAAAGACACUUUCUAUGGCAGCUCUGGGUUCCUGUGCGCCACAUAUCCAAUUUUCCGCAUUCUUCUGCCAUCUGGCACGGAGAAGAACAUCAUGUAUUGCCACUUACAUACUCAGUUAAAGACUUAUGAGGCAAAGCCAAAGCCUCUUGGCCUAGCAUUCGGUGGAUCAAUUGGAAAUGAGAGGAUCUUUAUAGAUGAAGACUUUUCUAAAGUUACAGUUCGCCAUCACGCUGUUGACAAGACUUACCAACAUGGUUCUCUCAUUCCCAAUCAGGGUUAUUUACCUGUUGUGGCCUCAAUACUUGAUGUGGAAGUGUGGGGACUUGGUGGACAAACAACAAAGCACCAACAAGACGUGUACAAGAAGAGAGAGGAUAUUUUCUCAGGGCAGCGAAGAAAGAUUGAUCUCGCAGCUUUUGGCAACUGGGAGGACUCUCCAGAGAAAAUGAUGAUGGACAUGGUUUCUGACCCAAACAGGAAUCAGCGGGAAGAACGUUGAUUUACUUUGACUGCGAGUUCAUUUGCUUGUGUUCAGCAGCUGCCCAUACAGAACUGGACUUGGAAAUGGACAAUAUUGAUACUCCAUGUCCUUUUGAUGUAUAGAGAAGUCGGUGCAUGUAUUGGCCCAUUUGAUGGAUGUCAUUUUGUGGGGCCACUCGUAGUUUAGGUUUUGAAUUGAACAAAGGGCUUGUACAGCGCACAAUGGCUAUAAUAGCAUCGAGUUUCGUUCUUAUCUUCCCUUUUGUUAUACGGGAACCAAGAGCAAACAAUUGUAUAUCUCUAUGUACAAUAGAUAAUUGUCAUGUGUACCAGAAUGUCAUAUACAAGAUCACUGUUAUGUACCUUA